AUGACAUGCUCGAGACUGUGCUGUGCAAUACAUGCUGGUACCGGGAGGCUGAGCGACAAAAUACCAGUCAUGGCAUCCUCAAAGUUGUGCAACGAUGGCGUUUUUUGCAAGGAACAAUCACUCGAAAAGGACCGCCGUCUGUACGCCGACAGCAAAGCCCAGCAAUGGCGUUUGCAUUGCGUCGUUGCCAUGGCGUACGCCGGAAGCGAUCACCAUCGAUACGCCGACAUCAAAGCCCAGCGGCGGCGUCUGCGUUGCGUCGUUGCUAUCGAGUACGCUUGGCGAUACACACUAUGA